CAGUUACCAUGCAAGUAUGUAUAAUUACAUGAAGAGAUUUAAGGAGUUGCUUUUCCCCUCACUCAUCUCAAAAUGUCGCCAUGGACUCUAGCUCUGCUGCUGGUGCUCACAUCUUUAGGUUGCUGUGAAACUGUUUGCAGUUACAAUGACCUACUGAAAAACCUGAGUCUAAGCAACUCUCCAGGUGCUAUUGUGAGACCUGUUAAGGACUGGACCACACCAUCCAUUGUACUAGUGGACAUGGAACUGUACACAAUAAUCAAUUUGGAUACAAGCCUACAGAUUCUAACCACGUUUAUCUGGUUCACCAUGAUCUGGGAUAAUGAAUUUGUUAGCUGGCAACCAGAUGACUUUUGUGGAAUAGACAAAGUUUUUGUUUCUUCAGAGCUCUUUUGGAAACCAGACCUGUACAUAUAUGAAAUGACACAAGAUGAAGGUGACUCACCCAAAAUACCUUAUUAUCUUCUCAACCACAAUGGAACUGUUCUUCAAUCAAUACCAUUAAGGAUCAUAAGUUCCUGCAACUUAGACAUUUUCAAAUUCCCUUUUGACAUCCAGUCAUGUACCUUGUCAUUUGGUCCCUAUGUUCAUUCAGAAAAAGAUAUCAUUAUGUUGCCAAGAACUAAUUCUACCGUGGUCAGCGAUACCUCAAAGAAUAUUUUUGUCAGUAGAGGAGACUGGGCACUGGUGAAUAUUACGGUUUCCAACACAUCGUAUCUGACUGAUGGGGAAGCUUAUAGUCAAGUGAUUUUCCAGAUAACUAUAAAGAGAUCACCUAUCAUUUAUGUAAUUAAUCUGAUAAUACCAGCCGGUUUUCUGGUUCUGCUGGAUAUCGCCAGUAUGUUCAUUCAGAUGGGAACUGGAGAAAGGCUUGGGUUCAAGAUUACUGUUGUGUUGGGUUUCUCUGUGCUCCUGCUCAUUCUGAAUGAUCUGCUCCCUAAUUCUGACAGCCCACCUGUUUUAGGUAUAUUCUGCUGUGUGUGUCUGGCUGUCAUGGUAUUCAGUAUAAUUGGGUCUAUUGCCAUCUCCUUCAUGUUGACACAGUCUGCCACUCAACCAUAUGUCCCCGUAUGGAUAAAGGUCUGGGUCCUGAAGCAUUUAGCACGUGUUUUAUGUUUCAAGACAAAGAAAAUGAAGGAAGAUACAGUCAAAGUAACUGUGACUGGCAACAAAGUUUCUGCAGCUGAUUGUCAUAACAAUGACUCAAAAGACAUAAAAACAGAGACAGAAGUGGAAGAUCAAGAUAAGAAGAAAAACACUACAAAAGAGAAAAAAACAAGCGUGGAGGCAAAACUGCUAAAGAUGUUAUUGGUAGAGAUACUAACAAUCCACCAAGAUUUGAUUGACUCAAAAAAUGAGACUGAUGCUAGGUCUGAAUGGUAUAUUGCUGCACUGGUUGUGGACCGACUUGUCCUUAUUGUGUAUCUCUGUACUGUGGUUAUUAUAUUUGCUAUUGUAGUCAUUGUAUGGGCAUCAUAACCAAAACAAUUACAAAUUCUGUACUGGAGAAUUACCA